CUCUUUCUUUCUAAAAAAGUUUUAACGCAUUCCAAUCCCAAAUGGCUCUUCCCAUAAGCCUACWCCUUGUUCUGUUCCUCUCCCUCGACUCAUCGCUCGCCUCUUCGUCGACGUUCAACAUCGUCGAUUUUGGAGCCAAACUCGAUGCCGAAACCGACUCGUCCAAGGCCUUGGAGGCGGCAUGGAGCAAUGCUUGCAAGUCUUCAGCAGCGGCAUCCAUUUACGUGCCCAAGGGCAAAUUCUACGUAAGUAGUGCAACUUUUGAGGGGCCUUGCAACAACAAUGCCCUCACCGUACGCAUCSAUGGUACUCUGGUGGCUCCUUCAGACUUUCGUGCGAUCGGAAACUCUUAUAAUUGGAUUAUUUUUCGACUUGUCGAUGGAGUUACUGUCUUAGGUGGCAUUCUUGAUGCCCAAGGAACUGCACUGUGGGCUUGCAAAAAGUCCGGCCAGAACUGUCCCUCCGGAGCCACGUCGUUAGAAUUCUCCAAUUCGAAGAACAUAAUAGUGAAUGGCUUGACAUCACUGAACAGCCAGAUGUUUGACGUUGUAGUGUAUGAGUGCCAAAAUGUAAAAAUGCAUGGACUCAAGAUCUCAGCCCCCGGCGAUAGCCCCAACACCGAUGGAAUUCAUGUUGAACGAUCAUCGGAUGUCACCGUCAUCCACUCCAAUAUCGGCACCGGUGACGACUGCAUCUCAAUCGGUCCUGGUACAUCCAACUUGUGGAUUGAGAAUGUUGUUUGUGGACCCGGCCAUGGAAUCAGUAUUGGGAGUUUAGGAAAAGAGGAGCAAGAGGCUGGGGUUCAGAAUGUGACGGUGAAAUCUGCAACAUUUACCGACACCCAAAACGGCGUUAGAAUAAAAACAUGGGGAAGGCCAAGCAAUGGGUUUACCAAAAACAUAAUUUUUCAGGAUAUCCUCAUGCUUAAUGUCCAGAAUCCUAUCAUCAUCGAUCAGAAUUACUGCCCCCACGCCCAAGCUUGUCCGGGACAGGAUUCCGGGGUGAAAAUUAGCAAUGUGACGUAUAAAAAUAUCCACGGAAUAUCGGCGAGUGAAGUAGCAGUGAAAUUCGAUUGUAGCCCCAAAUUUCCAUGCAGUGGAAUAAGGGUGGAGGAUGUGAGGCUGAGUUGUCAGAAUGAAGCAGCUGAAGCUUCGUGUAGUCAUGCUGGAGGAACUGCUGCUGGCUUGCUUCAGCCAUCCAGUUGUCUCUCCACAGUUAGUUAAUUAAUUGAUUAAUUAAUUAAUUAGACAACUAAAUGAUAUCUUAUUGUUUUCUUUAAUGUUUGUUUAGGCAUUGUACUUCCAAUUUUAAUAUAUUGUUUGUUAGUAAA